AGGGAGCACAGGGACAGACGGAGGGAGAGAAAGAGCCUGAAUAAACUGGAAGCAGAGGAGACAACAGGACGACAGGAGGGAAAGGCUGACGAACACACACACACACAAAACCCCACAGGAAAGAUGCCCAAUUUUGCAGGCAGCUGGAAAAUGAAAAGCAGCGAGAAUUUCGACGAGUUGCUCAAAGCCCUGGGAGUGAAUGCCAUGCUGAGGAAAAUAGCAGUUACGGCUGCAUCCAAACCCCAUGUGGAGAUCAGACAGAACGGCGAGAACUUCUACAUCAAAACCUCUACCACAGUCCGCACUACGGAGAUCAACUUCCUCAUUGGUGAGGAGUUUAAUGAGGAGACAGUGGAUGGCAGAAAGUGUAAGAGUUUGGCCACUUGGGAAACAGAAAACAAGAUUUACUGCAAACAGACUCUCCUGAGUGGGAGCGGCCCAAAGACCUUCUGGAGCCGAGAACUCAGAGGGGAUGAACUCAUACUGAUCUUUGGAGCUGAUGAUGUGGUGUGCACAAGGAUCUACGUACGUGCAUAGCUGUCCAACAGAUAAUCAGUCUCAACUGUCACUUUGAGAAAUUUCACAUAAAAAUCUCAGAUAAUCUGCUCUGACAUUCAAUGUUUUGCAUCUUCAUGAAAAUCACAAUUUCAGCUGGGUAUUCCUGCUUUUUCCCUUUUUUGUAUAUAAUUUUUCUUGCUUUGGGAAUUAAAUGAUCAAAGUAUGA